AUGGCACCCCUAAGCCUCCGUGUCGAUGGCCAGACUUUCCGAGACCCUCAGAACCGAGAAAUUACCCUUAGAGGAAUAAACGUUGCGGGUGAUGCCAAAUAUCCCAAAACACCCGACAUUCCUACAUACAUCUCUGACAGGUUCUUUGACGGGGACGAUGUCUCAUUUGUCGGACGUCCAUUCUCACUGGAAGAUGCCCACGUCCACUUCAAGAGACUGCGGAAGUGGGGCUACAAUACUAUAAGAUACAUCUUUACCUGGGAGGCUAUUGAGCAUGCUGGACCGGGCAUUUACGACGAAGAGUGGGUUGCUUUCACUAUUGAGGUGUUGCGCAUAGCCAAAGAAUAUGAGUUCUUUGUCUUUAUGGACCCCCAUCAGGACGUAUGGUCUCGUUUCUCAGGAGGGUCUGGAGCACCGAUGUGGACGCUCUAUGCUGCAGGACUAAAUCCUAAGGCCUUUAAAGCCACAGAAGCGGCGUUGGUCCAAAACACCUACGAUGUUCCAGCAGAGUUUCCAAAGAUGAUUUGGAGCACAAAUUACACUCGAUUGGUUUGCCAGACCAUGUUCACCUUGUUCUGGGCAGGCCGCGACUUUGCGCCCAAAGCUAUCAUUGAUGGAAUGAAUAUUCAAGAUUAUCUACAAAGUCAUUUCAUUCAUGCAUGCGCAUACUUGGCGCAAAGAAUUCAUGAAGCGGGCGAUCUUGAGGGCGACGUGAUCAUCGGAUGGGAAAGCAUGAAUGAACCUCAUCGCGGUAUUAUUGGAGUGCAGGACAUUUCAGUCAUUCCAGCCGAGCAGCAACUUCAGCUGGGAACAUCACCAACAGCAUUCCAGGCAAUCCUCACUGGCUCAGGUCGUGCGUGUGAGCAGGCAACAUGGGGCUUUGGAGGCUUCGGUCCACAUAAGACUGGCACAGAACUUGUGGACCCGGCAGGUGAAAUUGCCUGGUUACCAGCUGACCACAAUGAUAGCAAAUAUGGCUGGCAACGAGACCCGGGGUGGAAACUCGGGCAAUGUAUCUGGGCUCAACAUGGAGUUUGGGACCCAUCAACCGACACACUCUUGCAGAAGGACUAUUUCUCAAAGAACCCUCAGACUGGUGAACAUCUUGAUUAUGAGAAGUUUACGAACUCAUACUUCCUGGAUCAUUAUCGGAAUUACAAGAAUGCCAUUCGAGGUAUCUGGUCCGACGCGAUCAUGUUUUGCCAACCGCCUGUUAUGGAGGUGCCGCCUGAUGUGAAGGGCACUGCUGACGAUGACCCUAACAUGGUCCACGCCGUCCAUUACUAUGAUGGACUAACCCUUCUGACAAAACAUUGGAACCGGCUUUACAAUGUGGAUGUCAUUGGCGUACUUCGAGGCAAAUAUUAUACCCCGGCCUUUGCAGUUAAGAUUGGCGAGACAGCCAUCCGAAACUGUCUCCGUGACCAGCUGAAGUUCCUCCGCGAUGAAAGUCUGAAUUACAUGGGUAGCCAUCCACUGGUAUUCACAGAAAUCGGAAUUCCCUAUGACAUGGACGACAAGUAUGCAUACAAAACUGGUGACUACAGUAGCCAGAGCAGUGCCAUGGAUGCAAAUCAUUUUGCGCUCGAGGGCAGUGCCUCUAACGGUUUUACUUUGUGGGUAUACGUCACACAGAAUGACCAUGAAUGGGGUGAUCAAUGGAACGGGGAGGAUCUCUCUAUCUUUUCCCGCGACGACUUGGAAUUGCCCGCAGGAACCACUUCUCGGUCUCUUGAUCCCCAUUCUCCAGCCUACUCUGAAAGCCAUAACAAUGGAGAAGAUCGGGAAGUCGGGCCUCGUAAUUUGAAAGGCGCUCUAGCAACGCCUUCAAUCACCAGCGACGUGUCUCAGCCUUCCGUACGGGAAGUUAAAGGUUAUCGAGCCGCAGAGGCCUACCUCCGCCCUAGUCCUACUUACGUGAGCGGACGAUUGGAUGCUCAUGUCUUUGACUUGAAGAAUUGCACGUUCACUAUGUCACUAACAGCCAAGGGGCCUACCACAGCCCAUGCUCCCACGGAGAUAUAUCUCCCCGAGUUCCAUUUCCCAGAGACCAAUAUUGCGGUUACCGUGAGUGGUGGCAAGUGGGACAUUGAUGUGCAAGAGAUUCAAUCCGUCAAACUCCAGCGCCUCCGCUGGUGGCAUGCAGAAGGGGAACAAGAUAUCAUGAUUAAAGGUAUCAAGCGGAAGCCGGGGGAGUUCGCUAACCCGGGUGAAGAUGUUACCUAUCUGGAGCAAUGCCAGAAGGGAGACUGCGUAAUUAUGUGA